AUGACUUACGAAAAAAGCAAUGCUUCUGGAGAUCGCCUUUCAUCAUCUUUGGAAAUGGAUUCAUACGAGUCAGGAGGAAAUACUCUACUGUCUAGUGUGAUAACUAGUGAUAAAGAAUCAUUGUCAUCAAGUGAUUUCAAGCGUGAACUUUCUACUGAGAUCUCAUCAACUAGUCGUACACGUCGUAAACAAGCAUUGAUACCAACUUGUAGAACUACCUAUCAUAAUCAAAAUGUAAAAACCGUCCUUCUUAAUGAUUUGACUUCAAAUGAGGACAAGAAUAUUGAUCUGUAA